CCUGCGCACUGAGAUGUUUGUCCGUCGCCGCCGCCAUCGCGGAGCAGCGCGAUAAAGGGUGCGGAGCCGGGCGUGAGGGGGACCCCGCGUAGCCGCCACGCCAGCGCAGCCCCCUAGUUGAGCCCCGACCAGCCCAAGCCGCCGCUGCCGCCGCCACCCCCGCGCCCCCGCGCCCGCUGCCGCGGCCGCUCAGGGGCCGGCCAGAUCCCCUAGCCCAGCCGGGAGCCGCGCCGCCCCCAGAGUCGCCCCUUGCCCGCCCGCCCGCCUUAAAUGUGACACCAGCGCCUCGGAGUGCGACCUGAAGCCGCUGACGGGGAGGGGACGAGCACCAUGUCGAAUUUGAGCAAAGGCACGGGCAGCCGGAAGGACACCAAAAUGCGGAUCCGGGCCUUUCCGAUGACCAUGGAUGAAAAAUAUGUAAACAGCAUUUGGGAUCUUCUGAAAAAUGCAAUUCAAGAAAUCCAGCGUAAGAAUAACAGUGGUCUUAGUUUUGAGGAGCUCUAUAGAAAUGCGUAUACAAUGGUUUUACAUAAACAUGGAGAAAAGCUCUACACUGGACUAAGAGAAGUUGUUACAGAACAUCUCAUAAAUAAGGUGCGAGAAGAUGUACUAAAUUCAUUGAAUAACAACUUUCUUCAAACGCUAAAUCAAGCUUGGAAUGAUCAUCAAACAGCUAUGGUAAUGAUUAGAGACAUACUAAUGUAUAUGGACCGUGUAUAUGUACAACAAAAUAAUGUGGAGAAUGUCUACAAUUUGGGAUUAAUUAUUUUUCGAGAUCAAGUUGUCCGUUAUGGGUGUAUCAGGGAUCAUCUACGGCAAACUCUAUUGGAUAUGAUUGCAAGAGAGCGAAAAGGAGAAGUGGUAGACAGAGGUGCAAUAAGAAAUGCUUGCCAGAUGUUAAUGAUUUUAGGUCUUGAAGGAAGAUCAGUCUAUGAAGAAGAUUUUGAGGCUCCAUUUUUGGAAAUGUCAGCAGAAUUUUUUCAGAUGGAAAGCCAGAAAUUUUUAGCAGAAAACAGUGCUUCAGUAUAUAUAAAGAAGGUAGAAGCUAGAAUUAAUGAAGAAAUAGAACGGGUGAUGCACUGCCUUGACAAAUCAACUGAAGAGCCAAUUGUAAAGGUGGUUGAAAGGGAACUCAUUUCCAAGCACAUGAAGACUAUAGUAGAAAUGGAGAACUCGGGACUAGUCCAUAUGUUGAAAAAUGGAAAGACAGAAGACCUUGCUUGCAUGUACAAGUUAUUUAGUCGUGUGCCAAAUGGUUUGAAAACAAUGUGUGAGUGUAUGAGUUCCUAUUUGAGGGAGCAAGGAAAAGCCCUUGUUUCUGAGGAAGGGGAAGGAAAGAAUCCCGUUGACUACAUCCAGGGCUUACUGGAUUUGAAGAGUAGAUUUGAUCGCUUUCUCCAGGAAUCUUUCAAUAAUGACCGACUCUUUAAACAAACUAUUGCGGGUGACUUUGAGUAUUUUCUCAACCUCAACUCUAGGUCCCCAGAAUACCUCUCAUUAUUUAUUGAUGAUAAGCUGAAAAAGGGGGUCAAAGGGCUAACGGAACAAGAAGUAGAAACAAUAUUGGAUAAAGCAAUGGUCCUUUUUAGGUUUAUGCAAGAAAAAGAUGUAUUUGAACGUUACUAUAAACAACACUUGGCAAGGAGACUUCUCACAAAUAAAAGUGUUUCUGAUGACUCUGAAAAAAAUAUGAUAUCUAAGUUAAAGACUGAAUGUGGAUGUCAGUUCACAUCAAAACUGGAAGGAAUGUUUAGGGAUAUGAGCAUCUCAAACACAACUAUGGAUGAAUUCAGGCAACACCUACAGGCAACUGGGGUUUCUUUAGGUGGUGUUGAUCUCACGGUCCGGGUACUCACGACAGGAUAUUGGCCCACUCAGUCAGCCACACCAAAGUGCAACAUCCCACCAGCACCAAGACAUGCUUUUGAGAUAUUCAGAAGGUUUUACUUAGCCAAACACAGUGGUCGACAGCUCACACUCCAGCAUCAUAUGGGUUCUGCAGAUCUCAAUGCUACCUUUUAUGGGCCAGUUAAAAAGGAAGAUGGAUCUGAAGUUGGUGUUGGAGGUGCACAAGUAACUGGCUCUAAUACACGGAAGCAUAUAUUACAAGUCUCCACUUUCCAGAUGACCAUAUUAAUGCUCUUUAAUAAUAGAGAAAAAUACACGUUUGAGGAAAUUCAACAAGAGACUGAUAUUCCUGAAAGAGAGCUUGUCAGAGCCCUGCAGUCCCUCGCUUGUGGCAAACCAACACAACGGGUUCUUACAAAAGAACCCAAGUCAAAGGAAAUAGAAAAUGGUCACAUAUUUACAGUUAACGACCAAUUCACAUCCAAACUACACAGAGUCAAGAUUCAAACAGUUGCUGCCAAACAAGGUGAGUCUGACCCCGAAAGAAAAGAAACAAGGCAGAAAGUAGAUGAUGACAGAAAACAUGAGAUAGAAGCCGCCAUCGUACGGAUAAUGAAGUCCAGAAAGAAGAUGCAGCACAAUGUGUUGGUGGCAGAGGUAACUCAGCAGUUGAAGGCUCGAUUCUUACCAAGUCCAGUUGUUAUUAAGAAACGUAUUGAAGGACUUAUUGAGAGAGAAUAUUUGGCACGAACACCUGAGGAUCGCAAAGUAUACACAUAUGUAGCAUAAGAUGCGUUCAGAAAUUUGAUUUAUUCUUGGACUGUACUCUUCGCAUGGACUGGGAAGUUCUUUUAAAUCAUUAAAUAUAAAAUGACCAUCUCUUCUAUUAAAUUACAGUACAUGUUCUAAACCAUUCAGAUCAAGCCUUUACUCCCUUUGAGAGUUCGCAACAUCAGUUGGUGGAGCUUCAGGCUUUUCAACGUUUAUCCCUGUAGAGAUCAUCUUUACAGUUCCUCGGGAAAAUGUGAAUGUGCUGCGUUUUGUUUUCAAUACUGUAUGAAAACAGGAAAAAAUAAAAUAAAAAUUUAGAAAAUACAGCUCAUUAAAAUAAAAUUGUUGGAUUUCAUUUC